UCCAUGGCAUUCAAAGAAUUUGUUGUUUUUUUUGUCUUAGUAUGUAUUGCAUCCUCCCUUGAUGGAGGCAUGGUAAAAGAGAACGAUCUCAAUGAUUUUAUUUCCAGAAAACAGAUUGAACCACGCAUCAAAAGUAUUGAGACUAAAAAUGGAGAAAUCUAUGAUUGCGUGAAUAUUUAUGAGCAACCAAGCUUAAAGCACCCUUCACUCAAGAAUCAUAAAUUUGAGAUGAGACCUAGCAAUAAAGUAAGAGAACUAUUAGCCCAAAUACAUUCGAAGAAGCUGCCGCCUAGUUUUCGUUAUGCAAAGAUUGAGUUAGAUGAGAAGUGUCCGCAAGGGACUAUCCCGAUUGUGAGGGUCACAUACAAUGAAACACCUGAGAAUGAAUCAAAUUUAAAUAAGCCUCAAUUUUCUCCGCUUCAAUCGAAUGGUGGUUUGCGAUCUGCAGGGCUGCUUACAAAAACAACCCCAGACAAAAUGUUUCAUUCAAAUCUAGCAAGUAUUAGUGUAUAUAAUCCUCAAGUUGGACCUCACCAAUAUAGUUCGGCUUCAGUAGCAGUAGAAGCAGGAGAUGGACCUAACUUCAAUCAAAUACAAGUGGGGUGGAUUGUGAACCCAGACUUAUAUGGUGAUACACGCACCCAUUGGUUUAUGCAAUGGACUAGCAACGUCCGCAAUAUUACAGGAUGUUUUAAUCUUAAUUGCGGGGGUUUCGUACAAACUAAUACCCAAGUUCCUGUUGGCGGUGCAAUCGAUAAGGUCUCUGUUUACAGUACUGAAGACCAAGUGAUUCUAAGCUUUGGCCUUAUUCAAGAUAACGAAGGUGGAAAAUGGUGGGUGGUUUAUAAUGAUAAUAUUGAUCCAAUUGGGUAUUGGCCACCCACAGAAUUUAAAGAGUUAGUUGAAGGAGCAGACACAUUGGAAUGGGGAGGCUAUGUUUUCACUCCGCCGGAUGAUAAUACUUGCCCUCCAAUGGGCAGUGGACAUUUUGAUGAUGGUAUAUAUGAUCGGACUUGCUUUAUGAACCAACUUCAAUAUACGGAUUCCAACUAUGAUUUGCAGUCUCCAACUGAUGUUCAAACCUUUAUGUCCGAUUGCUACCAUGAAGGAGAUAAUUCAUACAAAAACGACUUACAAGGUUAUAGCUUUCUUUUUGGCGGACCACUGGCACCGAAAAAGAUUGUAACUACUUAAAAAGAAAAAAAAGUUAGAAAAUACUUUUGAAUAAUACAAGGGUGGUAUUAUAAUCAA